AUGACAGAAAAUCAGACAUGGGUCACAGAAUUCAUUCUCCUGGGAUUUCCGCUCAGCCUAAGGAUUCAGAUGCUCCUCUCUGGGCUUUUCUCCCUGUUAUACGUCUUCACCCUGCUGGGAAACGGGGCCAUCCUGGGGCUCAUCUGGCUGGACUCCAGACUGCACACCCCCAUGUACUUCUUUCUCUCACACCUGGCCAUCGUUGAUAUUUCGUAUGCUUCCAACAAUGUCCCCAAGAUGCUGACAAACCUUGGCUUGAACAAGAGAAAAACAAUCUCCUUUGUCCUAUGCACAAUGCAGACCUUUUUAUACAUGGCUUUUGCUCACACUGAGUGUCUCAUCUUGGUAAUGAUGUCCUAUGAUCGGUAUGUGGCUAUCUGCCACCCUCUGCAAUAUUCUGUCAUCAUGAGAUGGGGAGUGUGCACAGUCCUGGCUGUCACUUCUUGGGCAUGUGGCCAGAAGGGAGUUCUGGCCCUGGUCCAUGUGGUUCUCAUCCUGAGGCUGCCCUUCUGUGGGCCCCAUGAAAUCAACCACUUCUUCUGUGAAAUCCUGUCUGUCCUCAAGUUGGCCUGUGCUGACACCUGGCUCAACCAGGUGGUCAUCUUUGCUGCUUCAGUGUUCAUCCUGGUGGGGCCGCUCUGCCUGGUGCUGGUCUCCUACUCGCGCAUCCUGGCGGCCAUCCUGAGGAUCCAGUCUGGGGAGGGCCGCAGAAAGGCCUUCUCCACCUGCUCCUCCCACUUUUGCGUGGUGGGACUCUUCUUUGGCAGCGCCAUUGUCAUGUACAUGGCCCCCAAGUCCCGCCACCCUGAGGAGCAGCAGAAGGUCCUUUCCCUGUUUUACAGCCUUUUCAACCUGAUGCUGAACCCCCUGAUCUACAGCCUGAGGAACGCAGAGGUCAACGGUGCCCUGAAAAGAGUGUUGUGGAAACAGAGAUCAAAGUGA